CUACCAUCAGCAGCUGCACAUGAAAUCUCUUCAAACAUCAGAGAUCAUGGCGCACCAACUUGAGGAAAGCACAAGACAACAGAGCACACUGAAGGAAUGGCACCUUCUAAGAAAGCCACGAGUGACUUGCUCUAGAUUCAGAGAGGUUUGCCAUGUGAGAGGACAGUCCUCAGCGGAGAACCUGGCACUCAGGAUUUUACGGCCAGGUUAUCAGACCGCAGAAAUGAAGAGGGGUCUUCAGAUGGAGUCCAAGGCUGUAGAAGAGUACUGCCUUGUUAAAGAUGUAAACCACUAUCCUUGCGGUUUCAUCAUCCACCCAGAUGCACCAUGGCUCGGGUCAUCACCAGAUGGGUUGGUAUACGACCCGAAUGCCGAGCCUGCGUUUGGACUGCUGGAGGUGAAGUGUCCUAAUGUGAGAAGCUAUGUAGACUGUACGUACCUUAGGGUCUCCGAUGGAGUGCUACAGCUAAAACCAUCUCACACGUACUACUGGCAGGUACAGGGACAACUGCUCAUUACUGGUCUGGAAUGGUGUGAUUUUGUUGUCUAUGCAGAAGAUGACAUGUUCAUUCAAAGAAUAUACAAGGAUGGCAGAAUCAUGAAAACAAUGAAAGAAAAGGUUGAUUUCUUCUAUUUUUACUUUUACUAUCUAUGCUUUUGGCUUGAAAAAAAUCAUGCCAUUGACAGUACUUAUUUCAAUCAGUUUUAAUCAGUUAGUAUUUAUUUUAGGUUUUAGUGUUAAUUUGAUCAUCCAUACACAACUCCUAAAUAGCCAUAAGUAAAAUGAAGAUCAGGCCUGCAUAGAUAGAGAUACUUUAUUAAUCUGACUGAAAUGUAUUUAAAUUGUUGACUGUAGAACAUGUCACCUUCAAUUACAUAUUUUCUUAUGUUCAUUUGUUCUGAGAUUAUUUAUUUGUAUCUAAACACAGUAUUGUGUAAGUGCUGCUUGUAAUGACCACAGUAAAAUACACAUUUUGUGAGAUCCCUAAAGAAAGGCUGUGGUAUCAUUUUAUUUUUAAUUUCACUGUAGCAAAAUUAUAUGUGGAACGGCCAUCAACUGUGUUUUAUAUACAGUAACGGUUUUACCAAACAAUAACAUUAACAACUAUAACAACAACAAUAACUAUAUUCUUUGAAUGCUCUGCCCUCCACAGUACCACGCCACAAACAUAUUGACACCUCUACUUAGACCAGGCUUUUACAAGUGGACCAUUCUGGUAAUUUAAUA